UCCAGCUCAUGUUCUCUGCUUUGAUAGCGCAGCGUCUGAGCCAUUUGGUCGUUUCUUCUGGAGCAGCUCCUCCGCUCAGUGCGUCACCUUCCGAGGAAGGUACUCGAGGGGCAAGCGAGCUAUAAAAGCCCCUGCUCCAUUCGCCAGCAGCCCUGGCAUCAGACUGAGCACUCACUCAGCUCCCGGACUGCAGCCCAGUCUCUCUCUCUCUCACACACACACACAGACUGAAAAUGAGCCUUCAGUUAAACUCCACUUUGGAGAAGCACGGUGUCCUUCCGCCUGGAUUUGGCAACAGAAAUGUGAGCCAGGAGGAGCCAGGAGCCGGGGGCAGCGACCUGGACGUGAAUACUGACAUCUACUCCAAGGUGGUCAUCACUCUGCUGUACCUCGGCCUCUUCUUCCUGGGCUCGAUGGGAAACUCGAUCACUAUGCACACCCUGGUCAGGAAGAAGACUUUGCAGAACUUACAGAGCACCGUGCACUACCACCUGGCCAGCCUAGCUUUCUCGGACCUCCUCACCCUGUUCCUGUGCAUGCCCAUCGAGCUCUACAACUUCAUCUGGGUGCACCACCCCUGGGCUUUCGGAGACGCCGUCUGCCGGGGUUACUAUUUCCUCCGGGACGCCUGUACCUAUGCCACGGCGUUCAACAUCGCCAGCCUGAGUAUCGAGCGCUACCUGGCUAUCUGUCACCCGUUCAAAGCCAAGACCCUGAUGUCCACCAGCCGCACCAAGAAGCUCAUCUCCAUGAUCUGGCUGCUCUCAUUCCUGCUGGCCAUUCCGAUGAUAUUCACCAUGGGUGAAAAAUACGCCACCAACGUCCCUGACCCAAAUGAUUUGAUCUGUACCACUAUUGUGGAGGAAUCGACUGUCAAAACAGUCAUCCAGGUGAAUGCAUUUCUCUCCUUUGUUAUACCCAUGGUAAUCAUUUCAGUCCUGAAUACAAUCAUCGCCAAUCAGCUAAUAGCGAUGUUCAAACAAGCAGCUCAAGAUGGCCAGGUGUGCACAAUUGAGGGAAGGCAAACCAUGCUAAGCAUUUCAGUGGAGCCAAGCCGUGUCCAGUCUCUCCGACAUGGAGUUAAAGUUCUCCGGGCUGUGGUCAUUGCCUUUGUUGUCUGCUGGCUUCCAUAUCACAUACGCCGACUUAUGUUCUGUUAUGUCCCUAAACACCUCUGGACAGAAUGCUGCCUGACUUGAGUAUUUACAGCAUUUUCCAUUUUUAUUUAACCACUGUACUUCCCUGGAUCUUACUGACAUCAUUUUGUGUUGAUGCAAAAAGGACGAAAAUAAGUGAUUCAAACCAUGAUGGAAACAUAGAGAUAUCAUCAAACCAACACUCAAAAAAUGAGCAAAUUCAGCCCGAAAACCAAAAUAAGAACAAAAUCUGCAAUCUCAUUGCUCUGUGUAUGUGCAAUCACACACAUAAGUACAAGUGUAUUUACACAUAUGUGCAUGCACACACACUCAUAUGAAUCAGAUUGAGUUAACAAUCUGAAGUUCCCAAGAAGAACAUUUUAAGUAAUCGUAGUUAUGUAGCUUAUUAAUAAUAUGACAGUAAUUCACUUCAAUUCAUUCGCUGUGAUUGCUGCUGGCCACUGGGGGUAUUAGGUCAACCACUAACAUGUGAGCUCGUUGUAAAAGGCAAUUUUUGACAUUUGAUAACUGUUGCUUUCUAUAUCGUAACUCUGUUCAAAUGUGGAUUUGCUGAAUUUAUUUUAUUUUACUCUCUUAUAUUCAACAUAAAGUCAAAAAAGAUGUAAUAUUAUUUGUUUGAAUGUAAGCUUGAUCCUGCAAUACUGGGUAGAUUAUAACAUGCAAACAUCAGUGUGUAUGCCCACUAUCUAUUGUACCAAGCAAUUAAUAACCUGAGAGUGGGGCUGUAUAUUAAAUAACAUUGUCUCUCCUUUUGGAAGGAGGUAAUAUAAAUCAUAAAAGUACAUGUUAAUUAAUACAUUUUGCAAAUGAAGAAAUGACAUUCCUGAGACAGUUUCUGAAAAGAGUAACACUGUCAUAGAAAUUAUCUCAUUACAUUGCAUUGGCGUAAAGUUAAUACAGUAAUUUUGCUGCAAUGGAGUGAACCAUUUAAAUCUUCUGGUAAGUAUUUGCUAUAUGCAGUAAAUCUUCUCCAUAAGUCUCCUUUUCUGGGAGCAUUCAAAAAGCUUUUUGUGAGCAGGAUAUUUGUGUUUGGAAUUGCGUAUACAUUUCCUGUGUUUACAAAGAAAUUUUCAGGUUGUGAUUAACCAAAGCCGAAAGUUGGCUUUCUAAUGUAAAGGCUUCUCUAAACUGUGUGUGUUAGGUUAGGAUUCUUCUUGGACUGUCUGUGCUAUAGAUUGCAUUUAAGAUGUGACUAUAUCUUUUAAGAAAAACAUAUUUGACAAUUGUCAGUACCAUGAAUGUGUAGGAAUACAGAUGUUGUUCAGUCUAUUGAUGUUUUCAGAUUGAUGUUUAUCUGACAAAUCUAAGUUUCAUUUGUCAUAUAGUGAUAAGCAUUGUUCAAAUGUAAUGUUAUACUCUCUGCUAGUGUUUUUUUUAUGGCUUCAAUAUGUGAAUUUCUACUGUCUGUAUUUGCUGAUUCAUUUGACCUUUUAAAUUCACAAGAUAUUCAAAUCAGUUCCCAAGAAAUAACUGUACAAAAUUCUGACUUAUAUAUUGCUUUACUUAUAACACUGGCUACCAGUAAUAUGAGUUUUAAGCUUGCAGUAAAUUUUGAAGAUGUAAAGUUUCAAAUUUGGAAAUUCAUUUGGUUCAGCUGAGAAGCCAGAAAUCCCUGGGAGUUUUGUUUCUGUCAAUUGCUGUGAAACCUGGGGAUUAAAGGGUUCAAAUUAUGCACAGCCAGUAUAACUGCUGCUUAUAGGUGCAUAUAUCUUCUCAAGAACUAUGUUUGUCUGGAUAAUCCUUUGGGAACUGAAAUACAACACUAGUUUUCAAAAUGUAUAGCUGCUCCUCUCCUACUUCUGAAAAGUGAAGUUUUUAUUAUUGAAGAGAAAUUAUGAGAAUAAUUAGGGCGUGUACCGAUUUAAAGAAUAUUGUUAA